AUGAGACUGUGGGUCUUCUUAUCAUUGUUGGCACUUAAUAUUCACUGGGAAGUGCUUGCAAAUGGCAUCGCAAAUCGUUACUUUUUGGAAAAGCAGCGUUUUCUGUUGGAAAUUCUACAUCAUGUGCACGAACCUUUGAUGAACGAACAGUGGCGAUUAUUAGGAAAACAAUUGGUGAUAGAUAAGGAACAGUAUGUGGUCUACAACGAGCAUAUGACACGUUUUUAUGAGGACUUCAAUUUGGGAAAACUUUUACAUCGAAAUGUACGAUACAAUCCGAUUUAUGCCGAUCAUUAUCGGCAGAUGCUGGGACUAUAUCAUUUUUUCUACAACGCCAGGGAUUGGUAUACCUUAUGGCAAAAUAUAAGCUGGGCCCGAGUUCAUGUGCAUCCGGGUAUUUUUGUUCAAGCUCUGACGCAAUUGAUCCUCAAAAGAGAGGACUAUCAGGCCUUGAUUAUGCCCAAGAUCUAUGAGUUGUGGCCAGAAUCGUAUCACGAUGAUGUAACAGUGCGAAAAGCGAGAAAUUUCAAUUUUGCCAACUGGAUAAGAUACGUGAAUGUAACCGAUGUAGAAGAAAUUCAUCCGCAAAAAUUGGAACCUUUCGAUUUGGAAGGGGACCUGCGAGGUAGCAUUGAAUGGUUUCAGGCCAUGGCUGAGGUGAAUAUUCUAAGAAUGAAUCAACAGAAAAGCAGAAAUAAGUUAGAACACUUGUUGGAAGAUAUUGAUUGGCAAUCCUAUUGGUAUAAUCUGAACAUGGGAGUCGUUUUAACAGCCGAAAAUUCGGAUCAGUUGCGCGAAUGGUGUUAUUAUCAGCUGAGUCAAAUACUAGCUCGCUAUAAACUAGAACGAUAUGGCCAAAAGUUGGCUUACAAGAGGCUGACACAAAACCAUUAUCGUAGCAUAGACGAGGAAUCCCAAUUUAUAAUUAAAAAGAUAUCAGAAUUGGAAGCAAAAGUUGGGGAUGCCAUUUCCUUUCGAAGUAUUCAGCUAACUAAUGGAAGUCGUAUUAAUCUGAAAGAGAACAACAAUUGGCUUAUCGGACUUGAAGAACUAUUUCCCUAUGAUUGGACACAAUUAGCUGUGGAAAAAGCUGUUCAAUCUAAUAUUUUACUGGAUAUUCGAACUAUAGUGAGAUCCGAAGACUUUUAUUACUACGCUGAGCGUUUAUUGGAUUCCUAUCGAUGGUAUCGUCAGGUAUUUCAACCCAAUAACCAGAAAACAUUUAUUCCCAGUGAUCUUCGCAUAGAUGAUGUGCAGUUAACUCCACUGAUCACCUACGAUCAACCUGUUGAUGUGGAUAUCAGUAAUAUUCUGUCCGCCAAACAUUUUUACUUGGCAGGCCAGUUUGUGUGGCCCUUUACUUUGCAACAUCGACAAUCUCGACUGCAACAUAAGGAUUUUUCAUACAACCUGCUUAUAUCAAGUAACAAAACACAAUCGACCAUUUUCCGAGUUUUUCUAACCACUUCCGAGCGAGGAAACAUUCAAAGAGAGCCAUUCUAUCAACUCGAUUCGUUUCUGACUGUGAUAUACCCUGGAUUGAACCGAAUAACCAGGGAAUCUAAGGAGUUUAAAGGCCUGGCUGGAGAUCACAUCUCAUACACUGAGCUCUAUCACUUUGUUAAGCUGGCCGAAAGGGAGGAAUUCGACUUUCCCCUUAAUAUAUCAACUCCAAAUUGUGGAUUCCCUAGACGUCUGAUUUUACCGCGCGGGGGUUCGGGAAACCCCCUUAAAUUGCGUCUUCUGAUCGUGGCCACUGUCUAUGAUUUUAGGGCUCGGCAGGAAAACGAACUUAAUUGUGACUUCAGCAAGGGUGUCAGUCGAUGGGAUGAACUGCCCUUGGGUUACCCCUUCGAACGAUUUCUGGAAGACGACGCUCUAGCUGCUGAAAUAUCUGGAGAUCAUGUGCACUGGAAGGAUGUUGAAAUCCUGCAUGAGGAUCAAAAGGCAUAUUUUGAAAUGUGCUACUUAAAUGUUAAAUCUAAUCUAAAUCGAAUUGUGUUAAAAAACAAUAAAACAUAA